GCUGCAUCCAUCAAGGCCACAAAUCGGGAGCUGGAGGCGUGGCUGACAGCAGUGGACAAGUCGGGUCUGCCUGGUAAAUUUAAGGCCUGGAUUUACCAGCAUGGUGUUCUCCCCAGGAUUUUGUGGCCCCUGCUUGUUUACGAGUUCCCAAUAACAACAGUACAGGGCUUCGAGAGGAGGAUCAGCCGUUACCUUCGUAGAUGGCUGGGCCUGCCACGAAGCCUGAGUAGCAUCGCUCUAUACGGGCACAACAACAAACUGAAGCUCCCCUUUAGCAGCCUGAAUGAGGAGUUCAUGGUAACCCGUGCAAGAGAGGUGCUGCAGUACAGGGAAUCCAGUGAUCCAAAGGUCUCCCAGGCUGGCAUCGAAGUCAGGACUGGAAGGAAGUGGAGGGCGCAGGAAGCAGUCGAGCAGGCGGAGUCACGCUUGCGUCACAGCGUGCUGGUCGGCCCAGUGGCAUCUGGACGAGCAGGGCUUGGUAGCGUUGCAACCACACGCUACGACAAAGCCCUGGGCAAAGACAGACGCCGAUUGGUCCAAGAGGAAGUGAGAACUGGCGUGGAGGAACUGCGUGCUAGCCAGAUGGUGGGGAUGCGACAGCAAGGCGCAUGGACGAGAUGGGAACAGGCAGUGGACCGCAAGAUCUCCUGGUCUGAGCUUUGGCAAGCUGAGCCUUACCGGAUCAAGUUCCUGAUUGCGUCCGUCUAUGACGUCUUGCCCAGCCCAUCCAACCUCCAAAGCCCUGGGAGAAGGACGCUACACUUGGCGCCACGACCAGGUGCUGAAGGCGAUAGCAGAAACCAUCUUCACCAGCAUCACCCAGAACAAGCCUCUCCGACCAGCAAGGCAGGCGAUUGCUUUCAUUCGAGCAGGGGAGAAGCCUAAGCCCAAGCCAAGGGGGGCAGCGGGACUCCUUGGAACCGCACCGGACUGGCAGAUGAAGGCCGACCUGGGGAAGCAGCUCAGAUUCCCAGAGCACAUCGUGGAAACCAGCCUGAGACCAGACAUAGUUCUGUUCUCAGAUUCAACCAAACAGGUGGUCCUACUGGAGCUGACAGUUCCCUGGGAGGAGCGCAUGGAAGAGGCCAAUGAGAGGAAGCGUGCCAAGUAUGCCAACUUAGUGGAGGAGUGCCACAGACGGGGGUGGCGUGCCCGGUGUGUGCCAAUAGAGGUGGGCUGUAGAGGCUUUGCAGCGCGAUCUCUCUGCAAAGCAUACAGCAUGCUUGGAGUCACAGGUGCACGUCAGAGAAAGGCCAUCAAGACCACCACAGAGGCAGCUGAGAAGGCCUCUAGAUGGCUGUGGAUCAAGAGGGGCGAUCCGUGGGUACAUGCUACUUAG